ACCCCGUCCGCGUCCCGCGGGUUCGGCAUCUCGGCCCCACCUCCACAACCCGAUCCCCCAGUCCUCGGCUCGCGCACCUCCGCACCGCACCGCGCACGCGCUUGCGCCUUUGGCUUCUUGCUCCAGCGACCCCGCCGUCCCCGUCGGGCACCAACCCAACCCAACGCUCUCCUCCUCGCUUCCCUUCCUUUCCCUCUGCCCACCAAUUGAUAGCUCACCUCACCUCACCUCACCUCACCUCCGCACCCGCUGUUUCGUGCACCGCACUUCACACCCCACCAACCUUCUCCCCCCCUGAAAAACUAUCUACCCCACCCCAAACCACCCCUACCCGCCGACGAGCGCGAUCGAUUGAUUCGUUUCGCGCCGGGCGGCGGCGGAGGGAGCCCACCAGAUCCGGCUACCGCCGCGGCUACGAUGAAGUCGCUGCUGCCGCGGAGCGAGCUGCGGCGCUCGUCGGCAGCGGCCGUGCGGUCGUCGGCCGGCGGCGCCGCGGGGGGAGACGGUGCUGUGGCCGACGGCGGCGGGGCUGGGCCGCGAGCGCCCGCCUCCUCCACCUUCUGGUUCCUGCUGCACGCGCUCUGCUGCCUCAUCUCGCUCUUCCUCGGCUUCCGCUUCUCGCGGCUCCUCUUCUUCAUGCUCUUCUCCACCACCGCGCUCUACCACUCCACAUCCUCCUCCUCCUCGGCCGCGGUCCUGCGCGCCACCACCACGACGACCACAACCACCACCACUACCACCACCACGACCAACACCUUCACGCUCUCCUUCGCGGCCGCCAACACUCCCCCCUCCGGCCCGGCUAACCGCACGGCGCUGGAGGCGGCCGCGGAGGCCGACAAGGCGGCGGCGUCUGGGAACCCGCAGAGCCACGUCGUGGUCGGGAGGCACGGGAUUCGGAUCCGGCCGUGGCCGCACCCGGACCCCGUCGAGGUGAUGCGGGCGCACGGGAUCAUGGAGCGCGUGCAGGAGGAGCAGCGCCGCUGGUACGGCGUCAAGGAGCCGAGGCAGGUGCUCGCCGUCACCCCGACCUACUCCCGCGCGUUCCAGGCGCUCCACCUCACCGGCCUCCUCCACUCGCUCCGCAACGUGCCGUACCCGCUCACCUGGAUCGUCGUCGAGGCAGGCGGCACCACCAACGCCACCGCGUCAAUGCUUGCGCGCUCUGGCCUCACUGUCGUUCACAUCCCCUUCCCUGACCGCAUGCCCACCGAGUGGGCCGACCGCCACGCUACUGAGAACCGGAUGCGCCUCCACGCCCUACGCGUGAUCCGUGAGAGGAAGAUGGAUGGUGUAGUUGUUUUCGCGGACGACAGCAAUGUUCAUAGCAUGGAGCUGUUCGAUGAGGUGCAGAAGGUCCAGUGGAUGGGUGCUGUGUCCAUUGGAAUCCUUGCGCAUACUGGAACUGCAGACCAACUUCGGCUCAGCGAGGAGGACAAGCAGAAUAUGCCUCUCCCAGUCCAGGGCCCUGCUUGCAACUCCUCAGGGCAUCUGGCUGGAUGGCACACGUUCAACUCAUUGCCCUUCUCUGGGAAGACAGCCACCGUGGUCGGUGAGGCGGCCCCUGUUCUUCCCAGGGGUUUGGAGUGGGCUGGCUUUGUGUUGAACUCGAGAAUGCUGUGGAAGGAGGCUGAAGGCAAGCCCGACUGGGUGAAGGAUCUUGAUGCUGUUGGCGAGAAUGGAGAGGAGAUUGAGAACCCACUUACUCUGUUGAAUGAUCCAUCCUCUGUUGAGCCACUGGGGAACUGUGGGAAGAAGGUCCUACUGUGGUGGCUUCGUGUUGAAGCACGGGCGGAUAGCAAGUUUCCUCAAGGGUGGGUAAUUGAGCCACCUUUGGAAGUCGUCGUCCCCGCAAAGCGCACUCCAUGGCCUGAAACCACCCCCGAGCUUCCAUCCGAGUUAUUGGAUGACAAGCAAAAGCUGGAGGAUAGGCACUUGUCAAGAGGCAACAAAUCGUCUCAGCCCCGAGGCACCACGAAACGGAAGGGCGACCCUCAAGGGCAAGAUAACUGAUGGAGAACGCACUGGCAUUGUAAUGUAUAUCUCUUGCACCCUGCAAGAACACGGUAGGAAGCAUAUCGGGUUACUCUGGCGGUGGCGGUGUUUAAUUUCUUUUUUUCUGAUGUUUUUGCUCUUGUGGCGAUGGUCCACGCUUGGGUGUGUUAUCUGUAGAGUGCACAUUUCUAAAGUAGCUGUACCUGUUGUGUUGUAAUGUAACUGCAUUGGGAACUAAAAAAAUGGGGGCUGGAUUCUGGAAGCCUAUCUAUGCUUGUGAAGGGAGGACUGAACUCUUGGGUGCUGCAGCACGGGCUGAUGGCUGGUUGAGCAUAUGAAUCUUUCUUUAUUUAUUUAUUUUAUUAUUGUUGCUCA